AUCACAUCCUCGCAAUGCGGCUGCAAGCGAGUCGAGCGUACUGGUUCAUAACUCAACUCCAGCUCUGAUUCGCGACUCAUACGUAACCCUUUCGGAUUAUAGUGUGGUUUCGAAAUAUAAACGCUUCCAUUUUUGGUUACAUUAGAACAUAAUAUUACAGUAAAUCUUGGCUAUGGAAUAUGGUUUCACUUAGAUAGCAAGUCGCCCAUUCUUGGUGGGUUCGCACAUUUUAGUGUUGCUCUCGUUGUGUAUUUAGCCUAUGAAACCGAGCGCAAUGUGGGCCAGGAACGAUUUUGUGGAUGGAUUCGACGCGUAUAAAAUAGGUUCCAGCACAUCCUCUCCAGGAUGGGUCCCAGGCUGUGACUCGGCAUGGCAAGCAUCCUCUUCUGCCGCUGGCAUUAGCAGCCGCGGGCGACGUCACAGCGCUGCCUCGGACAGUGGCGACACAGGCAUCGGAACCUCAUGUUCUGACAGCAUAGAGGAUCACUCAAGCUCCAGCUGCACAUUGUCCUUCCAGCCUCUACGCUCCCAAAGUUCGAUCCCGACAGCCCAUGUCAUGCCCUCUCCCUCCAGCUCCAAACUCAGCGUGCCCUCUGCCCCAACCAGCCCCUGGAGCAGCUGCCAGCUCCCUUCUCCCCUCGACAGUCCCCUAGACAUGAAAGACCCCCGUCCGGUCCGCCGAUGGUCCUCCCUAACCCGUCUCACCAGCCAGGAAAAGUCCACCCCUUCCGGGAAACCAUCGUACCGCAUGGACCCUCAUGGUUCCCUGGAUCGUGGUGUGCUCUACGGCUACCGACAAGACCCUCUGUAUUUAGAUGGCUUCCUCUCUUCCCAGGGCCUACACAAACUUUCCAACAACUCUGAAUUUUCAAAUAAGUACGAGUUGGGAAGCAGUAGCACUCUUGGUAAAACUGACUCAACCUGCUCCUCUCCACUCAAGCCCAGCACGUUAGACCUCACCUUCAGUGCCUUACCGGAGAGCAAGUCCCCCACGAGCGGUCUGGUGGGGCCCGGGCAGAGGGGUCCCACACUCAGGCACCAAGCUGUGGGAGGGUCGCCCAUCCAACCGGCUGUACGAACUCAGAUGUGGUUGAGUGAACAGAUGGAGUAUCGGCCAGGACCAGAGGGAUGUGGGGUCAGAUCUUGGCAACAGGAACAGCAACAGCGUGAACGACUACGACAAGAAGCAGAACUUCCACAGAUACUGAGUGGAACUGCUCUCCCCGUCAAUACACUAGUAAAGAUUAAGGAGGGACUCCUGAGGCAACGCGAACUGGAGAUUGACCGGCAAAAGCAACAAAUCCUUCAGCUUCAUGCCAGGAUCAGGGAAAAUGAGUUAAGGGCACAACAAGUCCUUCAUAACCAAAGAGGGCGCUCUGAUGACUCAUAUCUGCUCAAAGCCAAGGAUUCUCCAUACGAUAGUCCAGUAUCCAGCCAGAGCCCAAAGUCUCAGCUGCCCGACCGGGUGAGCCCACUCUGCUGUGAGAACGGAGAGCUUGGCCGUAAAUUAGCUACGGCAGAGCUGGAGGUCAUCCAUCUCAGCGAAUUCCUCAAACAGAACACACAAAAAUACACUGAAGACAUCAAGAAACUGGAGGAGAAGAUGAAAACACGUGACCGCUACAUCAGCAGUCUGAAGAAGAAGUGUCAGCGUGAGCAGGAGCAGAAUCAAGAGAAGCAGCAGCGCAUUGAGACGCUGGAGAAAUACCUGGCAGAUCUGCCCUCACUGGACGAGGUCCAGACGCAAGCUCAGCAGUUGGAGGAGGUGCGGGGGAAGGCCAGGUCAUUGGAGGACACUGUAGCCCAGCUGGAGAAAAGCCUGGAGGAGAACCGAGCCCUGCUGCAAGAGAAAGACGCCCUCAUAGAGACCCAGUCCAAGCGGGAGACAGAGCUUGUGGCUGCUGUACAGAGCCUGCAAGAGAAAGUGGAGAAGUGUUUGGAGGAUGGCGUACGGCUGCCCAUGCUGGACCUGAAGCAGCUGGAGAAAGAAAACACUCGCUUACUAGAACAACAGAGCCAAAACAGCAUGCUGAUCGAAAAUCAAAAGAAGCAAAUUGACAAACUCUCUCUGGAUCUGUCGGCCCUGGAAAAGAGGUUGCCGAAGGAGAGGGGGAUCACUCAGGAGCUCCGCAAACAGCUCUUGGAACGCGAGGAGGAACUGGAGACCCUAUCCAUAACCCUUCAACAGAACCAAAGAAGGACAGAUGAGGAUACAUCGAAUAUGACCCCUGGGUCGUGCCUGAAGGAGGCUGGGCCCCUGUUAAAGGAGAUGUCCUUGUGUCUGCUGGAUCUGAAGGGCCUGUGCAGUGUUCUCACCCAGAGAGCUCAAGGCAAAGAGCCCAACCUGGCCCUGCUCCUUGGCAUCAAAUCUAUGAGCUGCUCAGCAGAGGAAAACGAGACACCACUGAUGGAGGACGGCUUGCGGGCCAAGCUGGUGGAGGUGUGCCAGUUACGGAAAGACAUUGACGACUUGCGUACGGUCAUCUCAGACCGUUACGCACAGGACAUGGGUGACAGCUGUGUGACACAAUGAGGCCUGACGAGAAGGCCUGUCCAUGUAUCUCCAUGGGCUUCCACUUCCACCUUGUCAGGAUUUGAGGACAGAUGGCCUUCACAUAUUGUAAAGGGAAAUAAUAAAGCCAACUUAAAUGAAAAAGAAAUUGAAAAUUAGAGGUCAUUUUGACUACUACAGGUUGGACCAAGCUGUGAAUCCAGUUUACAAGGACGUCUUUGAAACAAUCUUUUUUUCUUUUCUUUCUUUGGAUCAUUUCAUUUUUUAGGAAUUUGAAUAUUGUGUGUGUCAAUAUAUUUAUUGAGACCUCACUGCUCAUCCUUGUGUUCAGUGGCGAGUUCCUCAUACUGUGUUCUUGUCUGAGGUCAGAUCAGUGGGAAGAGUCAUCUUCGAGUGGCAAGUGGGACAGCUGGUGUUUUCUAAAGUGCCUUGUGAUGUUCCUGUUUUUUUAUGAACUUCUGUGUACCUCUGAACUUCAUGAAUUCGAAUGCAAGUCAUUUUUCCCCAAAAAAAAAAGCUAGCCCAUUCGCUUCACAGCAGGUACAGGUCGCAGGUCGACAUUCCCAAGUAGACCCUUGGUAUCGGAAAGUCCCCCAUCUCAAACACCCUUCAUUAAUGUCAGGUUUUAUAUACAUUUUGUGUGGCUGAAAUUAGUUUAGUUUGUGUGGUUGGUAUUUUUUUAGUUUAGGAUGAGAUUCAAAAUUUGGGCUUCCAUAAAACUAGACUAAAUGUUUAUUAAUAACAAUAAUAGAUGACAGCAAAGGAAUCCAGGUUAAUCUAUUCAGGACAUCAUUUAACUAUUUUUAAUUAGAGUAAAUUGAGGUUCUUUUUUUAGUCAUUGAGAAAUGCUGCAGCACAGUUCAGUUCGGAGCAAGUUGCACACGUUGAGUUCCAAAGUUAGACAGGAAACCGAAUGUUCUGCAGAUGUUAAGCUUCUGUGACCUCCUGAACACACUUAAACACACUCAUGAGAUUUUAUAUACUCCAGAUAAUAUAUUCCAUAUUACAAUUAAGGAUAUGUAAGAAACCAAUGCAAAACUUGUUUGCUCAGGUAUUUUAAGGAUUAAAUGUUUCAUUUAUUGAGCUUUGUGUUUCAGAAGUGAUUUUAACUCUGUGCUGUGUGGUCUUAAGUGUCACUGUCAUUUUGGCUUGAAGCAGACUUUUUCCAAAGUCCAGAGAUGUGGUCAUGUCAAUCUUUGCAUAAGUAUUUACACCAAGGUGACGAACGUUUGAAAUUUACAAAUGUCUAUAUUCUGCUUGUGUGUAUAUAUAUAUAUAUAUAUAAAUAUAUUCUGUAAUUAAAGUAUAUUUAGCAUGUUUUGAAUUUUAAAAGGGAGUUUUGUCUUGUGCAUGUACAUAAGAUUUUUUUUUUAUGUUAAAAAGGAACUUGGGAGGAAAGAAAAAUGUAAAUUCAUAAAUGUAUACUGCACUAUGCAACCACAAGUUAACCAGCAUUUAGUACACAUUUCUGCAGAUAUGUAAUAUUGUUAUUCUGUGCCUUUAUGAAUCUAUGCAGUAGAACUACAUUAUGAAAUGUUUGUUGAAGGUUGUUUUCCACAAUCGGCAGAGACAAUAUUUUAAAUUUCAUAAAGGUGCAGGCAAGCUAAGCCAUAUCCACAAGCAAUGCAUAUUUAUUCUCAGGCAUAUAGAUGCGAAUAACCUGACAGAGAAUGUAUGUAGUGCUCUUCGUUGUGCAUUACAUUAUAGUGUAAUAUUUGAUAGCAUGCUGAAUUGUGUAGUGUUUGAGCUGCAAAAGCAUUGAUUGACAUGACGACUCACUGUGGACUGAAAGCCACUGGCUGGCUUUACUGUAUGUUUGAAUUAGUCAAUGGUCUAUUAGAUUAUAAGCUUUUAGUUUUCCAGCUAGAUUUUUACAAAUGCCAAAGUUCUAUUUAUGUAAAUUUUUCUCAAAAGUUUUACCUAUUUUUCCAUUUUGUAAUUUUUUGUUUU